AAUAUUAUUAUCAAAGAAAAUCUUCGCUAGCACUUUGCAACUUAUCCCACCAACGCCCAUCGGAAUUUCUUUUCGCUCAUCUCCCUUUUCGAUCGCUAUCUACAGGGUUUUACUUUCCGCUCAUUGAAUCAGUUUCCUCGUAGGGUUUUCUUUUUGUUUUGGUUCGAAUCUGCUUUCAGUAUCUCCCUCUCUUUCUCCUGAAAUAGGAGUUGGUGAUAAUACGACGAUGAACGAGCGAAAGACCAUUGAUUUAGAGCAAGGAUGGGACUUCAUGCAAAAAGGAAUCACGAAAUUGAAGAACAUUCUAGAGGGACUGCCGGAGCCACAGUUCAGCUCGGAAGACUACAUGAUGCUCUACACAACCAUCUAUAAUAUGUGCACUCAAAAGCCUCCACAUGACUACUCACAGCAGUUGUAUGAUAAGUACCGCGAAUCAUUUGAAGAGUACAUAACUUCAUCGGUAUUGCCAUCUUUGAGGGAGAAACAUGAUGAGUUCAUGUUGAGAGAGCUUGUGAAAAGAUGGGCAAACCACAAAGUGAUGGUUAGGUGGCUUUCUCGCUUCUUCCAUUAUCUUGAUCGGUACUUUAUAGCUCGAAGGUCACUUCCACCUCUUCACGAUGUUGGGCUGACUUGCUUCCGUGAUCUGAUUUACCAGGAGUUAAAUGCAAAAGUUAGAGAUGCUGUUAUAUCACUGAUCGAUCAAGAGCGUGAAGGAGAGCAAAUUGACCGGGCUUUGCUAAAGAAUGUCUUAGAUAUAUUUGUGGAGAUUGGGAUGGGGCAAAUGGAUUGCUAUGAAAAUGACUUUGAAACAGCCAUGCUCAAAGACACUGCUGCAUAUUACUCUCGAAAGGCUUCUAACUGGAUUCUCGAAGACUCCUGUCCUGAUUAUAUGUUGAAAGCUGAGGAAUGUCUAAGACGUGAGAAGGAUAGGGUCUCACAUUAUUUGCACUCUAGCAGUGAGCCUAAACUUCUUGAGAAAGUUCAACAUGAACUGUUGUCUGCCUAUGCUACCCAACUGCUUGAAAAAGAGCAUUCUGGAUGUCAUGCAUUGCUUAGAGAUGACAAGGUGGAAGACUUAUCACGAAUGUUCAGACUGUUCUCUAAAAUUCCUCGGGGGUUAGAUCCAGUUUCAAAUACAUUUAAGCAGCAUGUUACUACUGAGGGAACUGCCUUGGUGAAACAAGCAGAAGAUGCAGCAAGCAACAAGAAGGCUGAGAAGAGGGAUGUCAUUGGUUUGCAGGAACAGGUGUUCGUAAGAAAAGUGAUCGAACUGCAUGAUAAAUAUUUGGCAUAUGUGAACAACUGCUUCCAAAAUCAUACACUUUUCCAUAAGGCUCUCAAGGAGGCUUUUGAGGUCUUUUGCAACAAGGGCGUUGCUGGAAGUUCAAGUGCAGAGUUACUUGCAACUUUUUGCGAUAACAUUCUUAAGAAAGGUGGAAGUGAGAAACUGAGUGAUGAAGCCAUUGAAGAGACUCUGGAGAAGGUCGUGAAGUUGCUUGCUUACAUCAGUGAUAAAGAUCUUUUUGCUGAAUUUUAUCGGAAAAAGCUUGCUCGACGGCUUCUUUUUGAUAAGAGUGCCAACGACGAGCACGAGAGAAGUAUUCUGACUAAACUGAAACAGCAAUGUGGUGGUCAGUUCACCUCAAAGAUGGAGGGCAUGGUCACAGAUUUGACUUUGGCAAAGGAGAAUCAAGCCAGCUUUGAGGAGUAUCUUACCACUAAUCCACAAGCACAUCCUGGCAUCGACUUGACGGUUACGGUCCUGACUACAGGGUUUUGGCCUAGCUACAAGUCCUUCGAUCUUAACCUUCCGGCCGAGAUGGUUAAAUGUGUUGAGGUUUUCAAAGAGUUUUAUCAGACUAAAACAAAGCACAGGAAGCUUACAUGGAUUUACUCUCUGGGUAUCUGUAACAUCAUUGGAAAGUUUGAACCAAAAACUAUUGAACUGAUAGUGACUACCUAUCAGGCUUCUGCCUUGCUGCUGUUCAAUUCCUCUGACAGACUUAGUUACUCAGAAAUUAUGACUCAACUAAAUUUGAACGAUGACGACGUUGUGAGACUACUCCAUUCCUUGUCGUGUGCUAAAUAUAAGAUUCUUAACAAGGAGCCGAGUACUAAAACUAUCUCGCCAUCCGAUCACUUCGAGUUCAAUACGAAGUUUACAGACAAAAUGAGGAGGAUCAAGAUUCCUCUUCCACCUGUGGAUGAGAAGAAGAAAGUAAUUGAAGAUGUCGACAAGGACCGACGUUACGCGAUUGAUGCAUCAAUUGUUCGCAUUAUGAAGAGUCGGAAAGUUUUGAGUCACCAGCAGUUGGUGCUGGAGUGCGUCGAGCAACUCGGUCGCAUGUUUAAGCCCGACUUUAAGGUAAUCAAAAAGCGGAUUGAAGAUCUAAUCACCCGAGACUAUCUGGAAAGAGACAAAGAUAACCCGAGCUUGUUCAGGUACCUAGCAUGAUCAUCCAGCCUUCGUCAAAGAAGUGUUACGAUUCUUAUGACUAGAAAUAGCUCUAAAAGGAAAUCGUUCGAUGACAAUGACGAUGACAAUGAAGAUGCUGGCGGUACGAGUUUGAAUGUAUAAAUUAAACUGAGAAAAUCGAUCUGUUCGAACUAUUUUUCCAUCUAAGCAAGUUGAGAUGCUUGUUAUAUGAAUUAGAAAACUGAUGGAAAAUCUGAAAAUCCCAAUGUUGAGAUGAUUAUUGCUUAAUUGGGCAAAUGGAGUGAAAAUAAUUGAAUUUAUUACUGUAAUUUCCAUCUGCAUAUUUAUUAUUCAAUAAUUAGUU